UAUAUCUGUUUAUAUAUAUACUCUUCUUUUGAUUUUAUAAAUUCUCCUAUAAUAUUCAACCUCUCGCAGCCAUGCCAUCUUCACUGCACCUCCAUCCACCCCUUGCCGCCGCCAUCGGCAGCAGCUGCCGCCACAAACAAACUCAACCUACCACGUUGACAAGGUUUUUCCCUCUUCCUAGCUGGAUGUCGCUUCCCGACACGGUGGCAACAUAUCAUAUCCGCACCGUGGGGCCUAACCAGUGCUGUUCGGCAGUUGUUCAAACCAUAAAAGGCCCUAUCGAAUCCGUUUGGUCCAUAGUCCGUCGUUUUGAUAACCCUCAAGCUUACAAGCAGUUCCUCAGGAGCUGCCAAGUUAUCGUCGGAGAUGGCGACGUUGGCUCCCUCCGUGAGGUCCACGUGGUGUCCGGCCUCCCUGCAGCUUCCAGCAUGGAGAAGCUGGAGAUCCUUGACGACGAACGCUAUGUGCUUAGCUUUAGUGUAGUGGGAGGGGAUCAUCGCUUGACCAAUUAUAGGUCUGUCACGACUCUACAUGGUACACCAGAGGGUAACGGGACAGUGGUCGUGGAAUCGUACGUCGUCGAUAUUCCGGUAGGUAACAGUAGAGAAGAUACGUGUAUUUUUGUGGACACAAUUGUACGCUGCAACCUUCAAUCUUUGGCUCGAAUGUCUGAAAAUAUGGCUAGAACAGAAACAUUAUCUUCCCCAUAAUUACUUCAAAACAAAAGGGGUUCUUGUGACGUUGAAGGUGAUCGUAUAUUACAAGCUCCAAAUAUUAAUUAUGUCUUACUUUCUUUUCUGCAUUGCUUCUUCAC